AAUAAUAUUUUCAUUUUUCCCAUUAUAAUUCCUAUAAUAUUCGUUUGAUUGCAAAAUAUAUAAAUUAAAUACGGGCAAUUCCAGUGUCCCCGGCUAGACAUACAUAAUAUUAUGAUUUCCACGAAUUCGUAAUAAACCCAUAGAUAUUAAACAUAUGGAUACGGCAUCUAGCGGUUAAUAAUAGUAUGAAUUAUGUUAGCUUACAGUUUUUUGUGUUAUGCCGUAUCCAUAUGUUUAAUAUCUUCUAUGAAUAAACCUAAUCGGUUUAUCGUAAUAAAAAUGAAUAUGUAAAGUGUACAUCAUGGACUAAAAUAUAUAUCUAUUAUGAACGGGGUAUCGUGUAUAAACAUGGGCUUUAUCGUUUAUCAUCUGCAUCGUCGAAUUUAAAUUUAAUUACUGGAAAUCACAAAACGACAGUGACGCUCAGUCGCGCAGAACAUGCACGGAAUUUAUUUAUAGAUGUGAUUGUUGUGAAAUGUGUACAGUGUACACUGGUCAGUGACUUAUCAGUUAUCAUACAUUUGAAAUUGUUCAGUUUUCACUGUUUCAGUAUCUUUAAUGAAUUAGUUUUUAAUUGUCGUGCGUCGUUUUCUAUACCGUGACCGUCUACUGUCUAGUUAGUGAGUAUUUAAUAUUUAUAAUGAAUUUAAUAUUUAUAAUGAAUUCAAACAAAAAACGUGUAAAUAUUGACGCAAAUGAAACUAGUUCAAAAAACAAUACGUGUAUCCCAUGGUAUGGGUUUGAUAAAUAUUUCAAAUAUGUUGAAGAAAGUGAGGGAAAUAUUAAAGUAUUAUGCUUAUUAUGUUUGCCAUCCAGAAAAACUAAAAGCACUUCCAAAAAAUCAUCCACGAAUUUAAAACGACAUAUGAAGAAAGUUCAUACAUAUAAGUAUGCAGAGUUCCUUGCUGAUACAGAUGUAGAAAAAAAAACGAAUUGUUUACAAAAUGAUGAGGAUACAGUUACAAAAAAUCUACUGAUAAAUGAUAAAUCGAGCAAUCUCAUACAGACUACAUUAAACAGAAUAGGUACUGGAAAUGAAAUAAUUACACAAAAACAACUGGACUCAGCAAUAAUUAAAUUUGUUGUUCAAGAUACACAGCCAAUUAAUAUUGUUGACAAGCCAGUAUUUUUGAAUUUAAUUAGAUUGGGACUUCCAAAAACAUUAACUGUUAUGUGUUCAAAAACAUUAAAAACUCGAUUAAACUCUGCAGCUAAUGCAAUGGUAGAUAAUAUUUCUAAAACACUGUCAAAUAUUGAAUAUAUAUCAGAAACUGCAGAUUGUUGGACCCAAGGUAAAAAAUCUUACCUUGGCAUAACAGCCCAUUGGAUUAAUAUAACAACGUUAGUUAGAGAAGGAGCAUCAUUAGCUUGCACAGUGAUAAAAGGUCGACAUACUUUUGAUGUAAUAGCACAAGAAAUAUAUAAUAUAAACAAAAAGUACAAAAUUCAAAAUAAAGUAACCAGUACUACAACUGAUAAUGGUAGCAAUUUUGUAAAAGCAUUUAGGGUUUUUGGAAUUGAUAAAAAUUAUGAGGAAAACUUAUUCGAUGAAGAUGAAGAAUUAGAGCUAAUUGAUUUAAAUGGUAUAUUUGAAAAUGCUGAAAUUGAUACAGAAAUUGACUAUGUAAAUGAAGUUAGUUUGUCCGCUCACAGACGAUGUGUGAGUCAUACUUUGAACUUGGUCGCAACUAAUGAUGUUGAAAAAUGGUUUAAUGAAAAUGAAAGAAAGGCUGAUGUUCUUCAACUCAAAAAGCUCUACAGAAAACUCUUUGCAAAGCUAACAAAACUUUGGUCAAAACAAAAUCAGUCGACGAUUGUGGCAGAAAACAUUCAUGAAGUACUUAAUGUGUAUUUGAGAGUACCUAAUAAAACAAGAUGGAAUUCUACAUAUGAUGCAUUAAUUCAAUUAAAAGGAAUUAUAAAUGGACCUGGUGGCUUAGAAAAAUUGAACCAAGUCAUGGAUUUUAAUACAUUACCAAGAAUAUUAAACGAAGAAGCUGUAUUCAUAAAUGAAUUUUGUGAUAUAUUUGGACCAAUCGCAGAGUCCUUAGAUUUCUUACAAGGUGAAAAAGCCAUGUAUAUGGGAUAUCUGCUACCGACUUUACAUGCUUUGGAGAAAAAGAUUAAAAAUAGACAAUGUAAACCUAUGACACAUUGUACACUUCUAUUAGAAGCUGUUUUAAGAUCAUUAAAAAAAAGAUUUGCUCACAUAUGGAUGGAAAAAGAAUUAGUAAUUGCUGCAUGUCUUAUUCCAAGAUUUAAACUAAAUUGGCUAGAAGGUGACGAAAAAUUGAAUGCUGAAUUAUUUUUAAAAACUGAGUUUUUAUGUUCUGAAAAUGAAGUAUCUGAUGGUAAUUCAGUUAGUGAUUCUGAUUCUGAUUCAAAUAAAGAUUUUUUUUGUUUACCAACAAAAAGCUAUUCCAAUAAAAAUAAUACAAUAACCUCAGAUCAAGAACUUUUAAAUUUCUUAAAUAACAAAAAUAUUGAUUUAAAAAGUUUAUUUGCAUUUCCUAAAGUACUAUUAAAAUUUGUUCAGUUUAAUACAGGUUUACCCUCUAGUGCACCAGUAGAAAGGUUAUUUAGUACUGGAGGGAAUGUAAUGACAUCAAAACGUCAUAGACUGGGUGAUGAUAUGUUUGAAAACUUAAUUUUAUUAAAACAAAAUAAGAUGUUUUGAAGUUCAAUAAAAUUUACAAAUAGUUUUCUUUUUUAUUUAGAUAAAUAGAUAUU